CGUGUGCUCACAGCUCACCGCUCAUGAGCUGUGAGCACACGAAUCUUCUCCUUCCAGCCCCACUUCAUCGUUGUCCUCUGAACUGGAACUGCGCCCACGUGCUCGAUGCUCAGUUCUCUUGCCACCAUAUGAAGGCAGUUCCCGGGUGGCAGCGCGUUUUCUUCAGGGGCGAAAUCUUUUCUGUUUGUAAGUUGGAAGCCUACAGACGGCUCGAACCCAGAACGUGCUGCGUGACCUGCCUUCAAUCCUCCGAUGGAAGCUCUCCUGUGACUAAUAGGAGAAAAGCCAACCGGAAAGAAACCAGUUCUAUCGCAAAGCCUGCAGGUUCCUCGUAUUCUCCUACUCCAGCCCAGACGAAGUACCAUUUGCAAUGUAGGUAUCAGGUCACAGAUGUAGAGGACACUUAACGGAAUUCAAAAGAGACGGAAAUCAUUCUCGGAUAACCUCGUGAUCAGAACAUCUAUGUCCCACUUUCGCGAGUACGAGUUAGCGGGUGUAAAAACAGUUCUGCGAUCGAGAGCGCAAGGAAAGACGAAAGGUUUCGAAUCUCCUCGUCCGGGGUCACAAUCCAACUCGAAUCACUUUCUCAGCGAUCUUCGUCAUAUCGAAGAUUUUCUUUCUUCAUCAUUAGUCUCGUGUGAGAGUCCAUCGUCAAAAGGAGGGCUUGGAUCCCACCACGGAUCCGCAAAGCUCGCGCUGAUAAGCCACCGGAAUCUACCGAAGAGCGAGUAUAGCUCCGCAGCUGUCGCACUUUGUUUCACAUAGCGUGGCACAUGGCAGCAAAAGCAACCUAAUGCAUGACAAAUACUUCAAUCGACGGUUACGACAAUCAUCAGCUUCAUUUGUGCCUCAAGUGCUUAACGAAUCCACCUGAGGAUACAAUCGGCAGAAACAACACAAGCAACAUACCAGAACGGCGUUUGAUGCAUCAGGAUGUAGUUGCUCCAAUCAAUGAGCCGUGACGAACUCUGAAGAAUUGUAGGUACUAUUACAGCCAAUCAGAUCGAAGAAAUUCAGCCCCGAAAAUGUGAUUAGCUCUUCACCUCCGGAUUUCAUUCAAGGAUACAACCCAUGAAGCCAACAGGUAGAGGCACUACCAAAGCGGCUGAUUGUAGCCUGAGUGGUCCUCAAGGCGAUCGGAAUCAGAACCACAGAGAAAGGCGUUGAGGAUUUCUGCACAGGAAGAUUUUGACCUCGGCUACUGCAUCAACGCAAAACCUUCUACUUGGAAACUGAGAUUAGGUUAGGAAUGAUGAUGAGGGAAAUAUUUUAUGCGUCAGGAAAUAUGGCAGCAAUCCUUACUGGAGCUGCUCAAUGGCUAGCGAUUGGGCUCAUAUACGCCAUGCUCCCUCAACCCGAUGAUCGCAACAAAUUGACAACUUUACCUCGACCGAUAGCGAAAUUGACGGAUGAGAACAGGAGUCCUGAUGACACGAUGAGCGCUAAACGCAGUCCUGAUGGCUAUAUCCACGAGGAUGUGGUGCUGUUUCUCUCAUUUCCCGAUCAUGAAGUGGCACCUGUACCUUUGACAACUGAAAAGACGAGACUGCCCAAGAUCACGGAAGAGCAUGUGCUUCUGGAAUCAAGACUUAACGAAUAUUUGACUUGACUCUCGUUCUGCAUCGCGUUGGCAGAUAGAGAUAACUCGUGCUCCCCGAACCCUACAGCAAGUAAGAAAAGCUCUGAAGCAGAAAUUUUGUGUAAAGUUAGGAAUGCAGCUUUCUUCAAACCCAUAAUCUUAGGAUCCUUUCGACAUUCGACCUUUGGCAUAUGUAUUUUGAACAUAUUUGGCACAAUUGACAGAACAAGCUUCUUCGAUGCAAUUUUCGGUGCCUCCAAGAGGACCUCGUCUCUGCGGCAAUUUUGAAUACGUUCAAGACUAGCACUAAAACAGACAUCUAUUUGUGAUGACUGCUUACAAUUCACCUAGCUCAUAAGCAGAAAGGGCUCUUGCAAAGGCCUUGAAAUCCCGGGCUGCCUCCUAACCGCUAUGGAUUGACGAUUGUGCUACCAAGACCUGAACGUAGUGCUGAAGGAAAUACAAUGUGCUAAGAACAGUUUCAAAACGACCGUGAAUUCAAGCAACCAGUUUCGGAAGUAUUCACAGGUGUCAUGAUGGCCAUGAAUAGCGGAAUUCUUGACUGAUCGGAUCUGACACCUGAUUUCCAUGAAUCUGUAUUCUCAUGAUUUGCAUGGAUUCAGUGUGGUAAGGUGUGGUUUGAUUUCCGAUCCAUCCGCGCAGGUCGGACGUAAUGUCUUUCUAAAUCUUAAAUCAGAAUCAGAAUACUUCGACGAAAUUUAGAACCGAAGUGAACUACAAGAUCUUCUUUUGCCCUCCAUCUGGCAUCUACACGUACUGUCGUCCUGAAUGUGGCCUUCGAAGCUUGAGCACAAAGAUCUUGGAGAAAGGAACCCAGAUGUUGGCAUUUAGAGCACGCACUGAGCUUGACAAUAUUAAUCCAGUGCAAAACAAGACCUCGGUUGCUCACCGUCUGGCAAUGUGGCAAUAGAGAAGAAGUUCAUGGAUGAGGAGAGAACUCCGCCAAAUUUCGGCAAUUGUGAAAGUCGGGCACCGCAGCUCCAUCGAGAAGUCACCUUCAAACACAGUCUAAAUCCCUGGUUUCUUGCUUCAAUGCCUUCCUGUUCAUUCUUUGCUGCUUAUACAUGAAAACACGUUCCAUCUGCAACCAGCAAACUCAUAAUGAAGACUCCC